UAAAGGAAAAUCUGGGUAUAUAUCUUUUUUCUUCAGCGUUUCGUUCGGGCGGGCUCCCCGGGCCACCCCCCACUGGGCCGUGGCGAGCGAUGGGAGCUUCCAGCAGGAGGGCGGGGGCGGAGGGAGAGGCUCGGGACGGCGCCCGGAGGACUCGGGAGUCCCAGCCCGCAGCUGCCUGCAAGUCUCCAAUUCCCGCAGCCCCACCAUGAGCCAGCAGGCCCCACGGGGCAGAGAUCCGCGACAGCUUCGCCCCGUGUGUGUCCUGCUACAUGACCGGCAGCAGCUCAGGUUCAACGUCGGGGUGAAAGCCACGGGACAGGAACUCUUCCAGCAAGUAUGUGCUGCACUGAACAUUAAAGAACCUCACUUUUUUGGCCUCAGUGUUGUCCAAAACAAUGAGUACAUGUUCAUGGACCUGGAACAGAAGCUCAGCAAAUACUUCCUGAAGGAUUGGAAGAAGGAGAUUGGUCAAGAAAACAAGAAGCCCAUCCCUCCUUUCAUUGCCUUCUUCCGAGUCCAGUACUACGUGGAAAAUGGAAGGGUUAUAACCGACAAGGCAUCCAGACAUCUAUACUACUGCCACCUCAAGGACCAAGUGCUGAGAUCCCAGUGUCCCCACAAGGAGGAAAUCUACUUCCUGCUGGCCGCUUAUAGCCUGCAGGCCGACCUGGGCAACUACCGAGCGGCUGCCCACGGGGGCAAGUACUUCGAGCCUCACGCCUAUUUCCCACAGUGGAUCAUUUCCAAGCGGGGCAGCCCAUACCUGCUGCAGCAUGCCCCGGAGGUGCAUCGUGACCAGCGAGGGCUGACCGCCAGGGAGGCCGAGCUCAGGUUCAUCCAGGAGGCCUGCCUGCUGGACGACGUGCCCGUGCACCUCUUCAAGCUGCGGAAGGACAAGAAAGAAGAGCGACCCACCGUUGCCCUGGGAUUGACAUUAAAUGGAAUCCACAUUUAUGAGGAGGUGGGGCGUGUUCGACAGCUGGUCUGUGACUUCCCCUGGUCCCACGUGGGGAAGCUGGCUUUCCUGGGGAAGAAGUUUGAGAUCAGUCCAGAUGGGCUGCCUUCUGCCCGCAAGCUGGUCUUCUACACGGGCUGCCCCGUCCGCUCCCGCCACCUGCUCCAGCUGCUCAGUAGCAGCCACCAGCUCUUCCUACACCUCCAGCCCCUGCUGAGGAAACUGCGUCAAAUCGAGGAGGCCGAAGAGAAGAAACACUACCGGGAGUCGUACAUCAGCGACACGCCAGACGGGGACCAGUCCUCCCCGGGCAGCGUCGACAGCGGAGGGGCCGAGGGCGGCGGGCUGACGAGGAGGAGGAGAAGCAGGAGCCCCCCACAGCUGGACUCCUGUCGAGGCUCUGCGCGCAGUCGCCGGUCCUCCGGGAGCGAGGCGGGCUCGGGGCAGCGGCCGUCCGGCGAGAUGAGCGUGGACGGACCCAGCUCCAGCAGCGACGGCGACGCCCUGGGGAGAGGCGACGAGGCCCAGAGGAGAGGCGACGAGGCCCCCGACGGCCACAAGUUGGGGCCAGCGUCGGAUAAGCCUGGGGACACUGCCUGGGGACACCCCUGGGACUGGGGCCAGCGGGACAGGUCAGCUGAUGGGCUAUCUGUGGAUGGCCCUGCCUUUGGCCAGCUGAACAGCUGUGGAGGCCCACUGCAGGAUGCCAUCGCUGUGGUUCACAUUACUCUGCUGAAAACCAGGGGACAGAGUGCAGAUGCUCUCCAUCAGAUCAGCGCGGAAGGAAGCCGGACCUGCCGGGACUCCCACAGCCGCAGUUUGGAUGACGUCCGUCUUGGCCGGUGCCAGGGCCAACUCUCGCCCCCGGGCCCCGCCCUGACCUCCCCCGCCUCCCACAGCUACACCUUCGGCUGUGUCCCAGAGGACAAAGCACUUGCCUCCAGCCCUGCCCACCAACUGGCUGGGGAUGGGACCCAGGGGGACCUGUACAGGAGGAGGUCUGGCCACUGCAUGUCCCUGAGCCUCCUGGGGGAUGACCAGCUCCCGGAGGAAUUUGCCGUGUAGGCAGGGAGAUGCUGGGGCCACCUCCUACUCUGUGCUGGCGUCCCUCUCCCUUCCGCUCCCCGCCCCAUGUGGAUCCCACCAGGGCCCUGACGGACCCUACCCCAUCUCCGGCCCGGUCACCUGCCUCCAGUCACUUUAGUGUGUGACACGGCCGGCGGGCCAUUCCAGAGAGUUUGGUGGCUGGCAGGUUCAUGUUCGGGUGUCGCCUGUCACACCUGAGUGGGAUGGGAAGACCCCAUUAGCCCAGACUCGCUUGUCUGCUGCCUGAGUUUCUGCAUCUUCUACUGGGAUAACCAGCCGGUUUCCGGCUGCUGAGCUGGAUAUGGGGAAGAAUCCCAGGAAUCCCUUCCGGGUGCACCUCUCAGGAAGAUGGUGCAAUGUGUUGGGGUGAUGAUGCGGGUGGGAGGCCAGAUUGGUGCUCGAUAUUGACCUCUCCCCCACCCCCCCGCAAGAACUCUAGACCCCAUCCUGCCUGUUUUGGAGGGGGGUGGAGUUGCCCUUUUUGUAACAUGCCCAGUUCUGCCAUUCUGGAACAGGGGGUCAUAGGGUACCAUUCCUAGCAGUAUGUCUUCAGAAUCUGGGGCUCGGGCGGCCAGCUGAGAUGCCCCCUCGGUCCUGAGAGCAGAGUGGUCUCCGGGGAGGCACCAGCGCCCCUUCUGGGCAGAUGAAUUGGCUCUACUACCCUCCUUCCUCCAGCCUAUUGACUUCUCCUCCCUCUCAGAACCCAGUGUUCCCUUUCCCAGUUGUUCCUAGGGCUGCGCAGGUAUGGGGUUCCUGGUCUCGAACAUUGCUGGCGGGCCAGUGGGGGGGUACCCCCUCGCUUUCCCUCCACCCCAGGAUGACCACCCCUCUUCUCCACGGCCCAGCCCACUAGGACUACCGAGAAAGCCAGCAUAAUAUGGGUGGGGCUAUGCUCUAGGGCUCUCUGGUGUUGCAGAGAGGGAUGAGGAGGGAGGCUUCAGUCACCAUCCCCCUGGGAUUCCCAGGACACCUUGGAUGCAGGCGGGAAGGGAUGGACUCUGUCCUUGUGGACCCCUGCCGCUCCCUGCCCCAAGCAGCCAACUUUCUGCUCGCAAGGGUGCCCGAGUCCCACUGCAGAAAGGCUUGGCUCCUGCCCAUGGUUACAAGCCCACACCUCAUCCUCAAUGCCCAGCAACGGGCAGGGGCAACGCUGUCCAGACCUUUCCCCCAUCGCCCACUCCCCUGGCCAUUCUCUACGGAAUUAUUUGAGCACCUCCUCCUCCCCCGAGAAGAGCCCACGGACCCCGAGCAGACCACCUUGCUUGCCAAAAUGGCCACCAGCCCCCAGACCACUCUCACAAUCUUCCUGGAUCAGGCCGGAAGGUUGGACGGGGCAGCCGCCACCCUGAUAUUCAAUCUCCAUCCCCUUGGGAAACAGUGGUCCAGGCUGGGGCCUCAGUGGUCCAUGGCCUCUCCUUCAACUGCCAGUCGAAAGGUUACGUGCCCCCAGAGCCUGAAGCCACCGGUGACAGCUUCGGUCAAACCUUGGCUUUGGCCGAAGGCUAGUGAAAGCCAUCCCUCCCCUUAGGCCAGCCGGCUCUCCUAAUGGAGUCGUCUCGAGUGCUUGCUUGUGGAAAGUGGGAGAAGGGCUCCGGCCAGGUAAGGCCGUGACACCUGGGACCUUUUAGCUUCUGACAGGUACCUCGGCCCACGGCGUCGGCGACACCGCGGGUUGUAAGUGCCGUCCGGUUUCCCCAGGCUCCCUCCCCUGGCCAUAGACCACCCCUCAGGAGGAACUGGGCUCUGGCACUGGCAGGCCCAGAUGGGCCCAGGAUGACUGCCUCCCCCCCCCACCCCACCCCACCAGGUCAACGAGCUGCUCUGGAGCUAAGGUGGGCCCUGGGAUGGCUUGGUGGGGAUUUCAUUCCUAAAAGGGCAGUUGGGGCAGGAGAAAAAUCUACGCUGCUACCUUUCUUUUGAAGGGUCCCACUUGCAGGGCCGGGGAGAUCCCAGAUAUCUGGUGAAAUGGUCUCUGUGCUGGACACAAAGACUCCAUCCCAUGGGCUGUGAGGGUUUGGUGGGGGGCGGGAGGGGUCUUGUGGGGCUGUGUCUCCCCCUCAGACCAGCACUGGACCCAGUCACACUGCGGCGGGCUUGUCUCUGCAGGACAAGACUGCCAAACUACCUUUGCCGGAAUCAACCUCUUCUUCAUGUUGGAAAGUAUUAAGACGGCAUCGCUGUAAAACCAUUAUCAUACCUACCUUUGAAUCCCUGCAGGUUGAUCAGGGGUGUACAUGUUGAAUUUUGUGCCGAGAGGUUCCUCUUUUUCCGAGAACAUACCGGUUUGGAGGAACAGCCCGACAACAGGCCGCGGGGUUCCCUGGUGUCAUAUCCUCUCUGAAGGACGUUCCUUUCUGUGAAAGGCAUUCAGGGAUAGGAUCUGCGUGCCAAUAAAGAACCUGUAAACAGC